AAAGGGCAAACCUUGCACAAAGCAGAAGAGACCGUGGAUGCAGCUCAGGAGGAGGCUCGACUACUGAGGAGAGAGAGGGAAAAGAUGCAGAACAGAAUUUCACGCAUCAGGCAGAAGAUAGCAGUGCUCAGAGUGGAGAGACAAACCAUCCUGCAGCAAUGUCACAUCAAGGAUAUGAAACUCCCUCUGGUCUCUGGCUCUCUACAACAGGCAUUAGGACAGGGAAUGGAGUCAUCUGCAUCAUCUUCCAGGGAAAUAUCAUCUGAAUUACAGCAGUCGCAGAGUGAGCCAAACAUUGAGGUGGAUUUCUCCUCUCUGUCCAGGAGGUAUAGGGAACUGGAGAACGAGGAGCAGCGGAAUAAUGUGGAAGAACACAUAGUCACCAAAAUCAGCAGAUUAGAGGAGAAUCUGGGAAACCUGCAGCCUCCAAAGAAAAACACAAGGCAGAGCCUAAAUUCAGUUGGAUCAGCAGGUGAAGGCCAUGAGAGUUGCCUUGAGGGAGAAGCAACACCUAGCCAGGAGUGCCAAAGAUGCCUUUGAGAAAGUGAAACAACAGCGUCGCAGGCUUUUCAUGGACUGCUUCUCUUCUGUCUCUGAGAAGAUUGAUCAUCUUUUUAAGACCCUGUGCCAUGAUAAUACAGCUCAGGCGAUGCUGGAGACAGACAACCAGGAGGAGCCGUACUUGGGGUCUAUCAUUUAUCAUUGCAUUCCACCUGGCAAGCGGUGCCAGCAGAUGUGCACCCUGUCUGGUGGAGAAAAAGCGAUUGCCUCCCUUGUCUUACUUUUUGCUCUGCAUAGCUACAAUCCUGUCCCAUUCUUCAUCCUGGAUGAGGUGGAUGCAGCCCUGGACAAGAUAAAUAUCUGCAGGGUGACCUCAUACCUUCGUAAGAAUAAGGAGGAGAUGCAGAUUGUUGUAAUAUCUCACAAGGAUAGGCUGUACCACAAGGCAGAUGCCCUAAUUGGGAUAACCUUUAGGACAAAUGGGUACAGCAAGGUGUUCUCCUUGGACUUGACACCGUACCGUAUGAGGCGCCACCACAGCCACCACAGCCUCUCCCCACAGCCACAGCAGCAAUCAUCUACCUCUGCCAUGGAGAUUCAGGAGGAAGCAGUGUAGCAAUGUGGUGGUGAGAGUCAUUUGCUUCCCCAGAAAUGGGUGUGACUCCCUCCACCAGGCAAGCCAAGAUGCUUUGCUGGGAGUUGCUUGAUACACAAGAAAGCAAAUUAGUUGGUCAUGG